UGACAUAAAUGCGUAGAAUGGAGGUCUGAUUAUGGCCGCGAAGCUAAUCAUCGGUGGAAUUGGUAAUGGACCUCCCUGCACCGGUCCGGCCCUUGGCCCCACUACGUUGCGUCCACUUAUCGCUGCCUAUCCCUGAAGACGGCUUGAAAAUCGACAGCGCUUUGCCCCACACCAUGGAUAUCAGAAGCCGAGCUCUGCUCUAUCAUGGACUCAUCGAGGAUGACUGCAUGCAUGCAUGCAGUGACUUGAUUGCGGAAAUCAGGCUCAGCGUAUAUCACGAGACAGCGCCGAAAACAUGAGAUGCGCGGGU